GUGUCGCGUGGUGCGUAUUGUUCAGUUUAUAGCGUGCAGUGAAUCAAUCGAAUAAUUAUCUUUAUUUUGUAGCGGUUCUUAGCUAAACUAUUACUAUUAUCUGUAUUAAGACAGACGACAAAGAUCAAAAACGAGUGUGAUAACUGAUAAGGAUUCCAGAAGCGAUUAUAGUUAGUCAAGGCUAUAAAUCUCUUUUACUUCCACCCGUCAGUCACUUCUCAAGCGCUAUAUCUUGGACGAAGAGUAUGAGCAGUGCGUAGUUGGAGUGUGCAAAAACAAGCCUCUAGAAAUAAAUACACCAUACCACCGUUCAAAUGACGUGAUCGUUUCAGUCGACCGGCAGACUUGAAUGAGCGAAGAUUAUCGAAGAAAUUGUUCGAAAGAGAAAAAAAAAGUUAGGUUACUCAGAGAAAUAAUCUGCAUUCGAAUUCGAUGGUGAUAACUGACUGCGAAAUAGAAUCAGUUUGUCCACCGUGCUGAGAUUAGUAGAAGGGACCACGCGUGUGUUUACAAUUUUCUGACGUAAUUUGACGGUACUUUUACCUGAGUAGUUAUCACCUAUAAUUAACGUGCUCCCGCGUGGUAGAGUCUGUGUGGUCGUACGAGUUUCCCGGAAAGCAACAGCAGACCUCGAAACCUGUCUUAUUGUUGGAAAGGCUGAUAAGAAGAUUCUGCCCUGACGGCGGUGGUGGUAAUGAACUAAUGCUAAAUGUGCUGUUUUGUUUUGAACGGUGCUGCCUGCCUCCAUUGUCAAAUCCUUAUCGGAGUUUACACAAAAUCUGUGUACGGCAAAAAUAAGUAGUUCACUUAUUGGUCUACGCACGGUAGCAAGCAUUCUGCGGAGUUCUUCAACAUGCACGGAAAAGGAGAAGGAGCCGGAUUUAAGACGGGGCUGAUUGAUUUCACCGCGGGUUCGUUAGGCGGUGUUGCCCUGGUUUACGUCAGCCAGCCGAUGGAUACAGUGAAAGUGAAAAUGCAAACCUUUCCACAUCUGUAUCGGAACAUGAUCGACUGUACGGUGCGCACAUUUCAACGAGACGGUGUCGUUCGAGGUCUCUACGCGGGAACCCUACCGGCAAUAGUUGCAAACGUAGCGGAGAACUCGGUGCUGUUUGCUGCAUAUGGAGCAUGCCAGAAUUUUGUUGCUUUCGUUGAACGCAAGCAAUCGGUCGCAGAGCUAACCAGUCUAGACAAUGCCACUGCCGGAUUUCUAGCUGCCUUCUUCUCAUCGUUCACACUCUGCCCAACGGAGCUGAUCAAAUGCAAACUGCAAGCCAUGCGAGAAGUACAGCAGAAUAAUUUGAAACCGAAUGAAAAGCUGCAGAGGAUUUCGCCUUAUCAGCUGACCAAACAGAUUCUUCGUACGGAAGGAAUUCCAGGCAUGUUCCGAGGUCUCACCUCAACAUUCGCUCGUGAAAUGCCCGGUUAUUUCUUUUUCUUCGGAGGAUAUGAAGCAACCCGGGAGCUUUUGGCGAAGCCAGGUCAGUCUAAGGACGACAUCGGUGUAUUUAGAACUAUGGUGGCCGGUGCCGUCGGGGGUGUAGCUUUGUGGACAUCAAUCUUUCCGGCAGAUGUCAUCAAAAGUAGAAUACAGGUCCAAAGCCUGACGCUGAGUAUGACUCAGGUGGGGAUCGAUAUCGUCCGGAAGGAGGGUGCCUUAGCACUGUACAAUGGUUUGCAGCCGACGAUCGUGCGAACCAUUCCGGCUACGGCGGUUCUUUUUGUUGUCUAUGAAUACACCAAGCGGUUCAUGAGCAAUCUGUUCCUAUAGAUGCUACCUCCAGGUGCCUUUUCAUUAUUGUACUUUCCGUUAUUUUAUUUAUACGCUUAGAUUGUAAAUGAAUAAAGUAAUAGAAUAUAUUUUACUUACAA